AUGGCUUGCCGAGAAAUAUUUUCUCUAUUUGAUCGUGCAAAAACAUUUUCUCACUCUGCCAUCCUCGCACAGACACGAGGGCACGAUGCCCGCCAGCUGACUCACAGGAAGCCUCAAAUUCGCCGUAUUAGUAGUUUCCCUCGCCACAGCGCUCAACAUCCGACCAAACAAGAGACAUACUAUCUACGUCUUCCUUUCUCUUGCUCUUCCUUUCUCUCCCUUUCUCUAUAUCUCUUCCUCCCUCUUUCUCUGUCUGACACAUUUUCAGUUAGCGUUUCGUUUUUGUUUUUUAUCUUUGUUACCAUUCUUUUUCUUUUUUUUUUCUUGCUUUUCUCUGUUCAUUAUCUAUCUAUCUAUCUAUCUAUCUAUCUAUCUAUCUAUCUAUCUAUCUAUCCAACAGAAAUUUCUGUUACAAUCGACAAUUUUUCGUUCUCGUUAGCUUUAACUACUGACAUUUUCCUAUGA